CUUUUCACAUACCCUAUAUAUUCUAAUCUGCAUCUCGAUAUAUUUACAUCUCGUCACGUCUGUUCGAUUCGAGAAAUCGAUUUAGCAAGUACAAACACACGAAAGAAGACUCCGGCGUGCGCCGUCGCCUUGACGAUGAUGACGAUGUCGUUGUCGACGUCGUUUUGACGUCGGCGCAGUGCGUCGUCGCGUAACCAGAGCCACUGCGUCGGGUCGACGAUCUAUCCGAUGGCAAGUCAGUUUUCUCGGCUUUUGCGUCGCGUGCCUCGUUUCCGUUUCGACGCCGUCGCCGCUGUCGCUGACAUUGUCGCCAUCAUCACCGUCGCGUCAUUGUCGUCACAAUCUCAUCAGAUCGUUAAUAUCAGCAUUGCUUGAUCACGUAAAUCUUGAGUACAACAACAUAGUUUGUCGUGUCAAAUUUAUACGUUAACGAUACCUUGCUCCAAAAUUUCUACCAGCCAUUUAUCUCGCUAACAACGCGCAACGUCGUCGCACAAUACUCAUCGAAGAUGUCCAAUGUUGAUUUUAUUAACGCCGUAACAUAAGAAACCACUGGGACAUGUGCCCUUCCGCUUCCUAUUGAUCGGCGCGUUCCGACCGGCGCGACCAUAUUUCGCGGCCUGCAAAAGAUCUGGUUUUACAUCAGGCCUGCGCCGAUCGGCGUAUUCGUGGCAAAGAAAUCCUAGCGCGCAAGUAGGCCCCCCUUCUUUCCAGGGCCCGAUUGGGGGACCCCUAUGUGCACCUGUGCAGGUUGAGAGAUGUUGUGUUUUCACUUGGCAGUUCAACCUACAAUCGCGUGCAAGAACGUUCCGCGGAGAAGGUCGUCCGCUGUCUCGAUUGAAACGAACAGAAAAGUCGGUUUACGAUAUUCAUGAUAGAAUUUUCAAUCAUCAUUGUUCUUUUAAAAAAAUUGUAGAAUUUUUUAAUAAUUCUAUAAAUACAAAAUAUUUUGACAAGUGAAGGAUUUACGUUGGGAACGUUGUGCUGUUAAACAUUUUAUUCUUCUCAACGAGAAUUAAAUUGAAUUGUCAGAGAUAAAUGAAGGAAAUCAACGAAACACUUCUCAUGAAACUUCAAAAGUCUUACGUAGGAAGCAAGCAACUUUCGAAUGUAUAUCCGAGAUGAGAUGUCUUGAUUCUCGAUUCAGAAGAAAACAUUUAUUUUGAAGAGGAAAUUGAAAAUGGACAUCAUGUUGGAGAAAAUAGGAAAAUUAAAUUUGAGAAUUCCAAACUGUUCUGUUAAAAAUUCACAACCUCUGAAAGAAUUUGUUGGUCGCUGCCAAACUAUGCCAUCACGAGUGAAGAAAUCAUUUUGCGGAUGUCUCCAAGAUGACGAGCCACCGGAAAUCACAUAUUGCGUUGUGGAACAUACGGGUACGCUCACGCUACAAGCAAUGACACCAACCUUGCCAAUGCCAGCAGAGGAAGAGCUAAAUAAAAUGUUUCUCGAGCUUGUCGACGAGUUGGACUUAACUCAAACCAAUCGACAAGCAGUUUUGGCACUUCCAGCUAAUAAAAAGUGGCAAAUAUAUUGCUCCAGGAAAGGUAAUGACACAUUAGAUAACGGAGGCUUGCGCACCACUGACCUUAGCGGCGAUCCCGAAGAUUAUAUCAAUAGAUUGAAGACGAUAGCGAAUAAUCCUUUCCCGGAAGAAGAUGAAGAAGUAUCAAAUCAAAUGCGUCAAGCAGAAGCUCUAAAGACUGCCCUGAGGACGCAGCCGCAUAGCUUUGUUCUCAGAUUUAUAGAACUAGAUGGUUUAAAUGCUUUAUUACAAGUUCUAGAAACUAUGGAUACCGAAGCAGCUAAUAGUAAUAUCAACACCAGUGUUAUAGGAUGUUUAAAGGCUUUAAUGAAUAAUUCGAAUGGUAGAGCGCAUGUGUUAGCGCAUCCGACGGCAAUCAACACAAUAUCACAAUCACUCGCAUCUGAGAAUAUAAAAACGAAAAUCUCUGUCCUAGAAAUUCUCGGUGCAGUUUGUCUAGUGCCAGGCGGUCACCGCAAAGUUUUAGAAGCCAUGUUGCAUUUCCAACAAUAUCAUUCCGAAAGAACGCGCUUCCAAUGUAUAAUUAAUGAUCUUGACAAAAAUUUCGGCAUCUAUAAAGACAAUUUAUCCCUGAAAACAGCGAUCAUGUCAUUCAUUAACGCUGUACUAAAUUAUGGACCUGGCCAAGUAACAUUAGAGUUUAGGUUGCACUUACGAUAUGAGCUACUGAUGCUCGGCAUCCAACCUAUCAUCGAGAAAUUAAGAAAAUACGAAAAUGAGACACUCGAUAGGCAUCUCGAUUUUUUUGAGAUGGUACGAAAUGAAGAUGAGAAAGAGCUUGCCAGGAAGUUUGAAAAGGAUCAUGUAGACACUAAAAGUGCUAGCGCCAUGUUCGAUCUUUUGCGACGGAAACUCAGCCAUACUGCUGCUUAUCCUCAUCUUCUUAGCUUACUUGAACAUUGUCUUUUAUUGCCACUGGAUUACGGUUCGCAUCCUCAACAUUGGUUGUUAUUCGAUCGAAUCGUUCAGCAAAUUGUUUUACAGUCUGAAAGCAACGAGACGGGUUUAGUAAGAAAUUCUGAUGUGGCUCCAAUAGAUAUAAACGUGAAAGAAAUUGUUCAUCUUCUCGCCAAAGAGGAGGAACUUGUGGCAGCAAGGAAAAAGGCUGAGGAGAUGGAACGCGAAAAUUUGGACAUGUCUACAAAAUUGGCUAAAAAGGAGCAAGAACUAGAUUUGAGAACUCAAGAAAAAGAAGAUAUGGAAGCAAGUUUAGCAAGAAUCAAAGAACGUCUUGAAAAAGAGACAUCGAUGCACAUAGAGACAAAACAAAAAAUUUCUGAAUUGCAAGAUAACCUUGAGACAUUGUCGCGACAAGUUAACAACGAAAAAUCAGAAAGGAAACGUCUAGAACAAUUAGUAGCUUCAGGAAGUUUGCCAGACGAUGCAAAAGCCACUUUAAAAAUUGUGGAAGAUGAAGUACUCGAGAAAGUUGAGACCAAACUUACUCCGCCACCACCGCCACCUCCUCCAUUAGCACCUCCGCCACCUCCUUGUUUAAUGCCGGCUGCUCCUCCGCCGAUGAAGAUGGAGAUAAUAAAGAAUGUUCCACAGCCGAGUAAUCCUUUGAAAUCGUUUAACUGGUCCAAAAUACCUGAGCAGAAAUUACAAGGCACGAUAUGGUCAGAAUUGGACGAUUCGAAACUCUAUAACGUAAUGGACCUCGAGUCCAUUGAUAAGAUCUUUUGCGCUUAUCAAAAAAAUGGCGUUUCUACGGAAGGCUCGAUAGAGGAUUUGAGAACAUUAGGAAAGAAUAAGAAGACGAUGUCGGUAAUUGAUUCGAGAAGAGCGCAGAAUUGCACUAUAUUAUUGUCAAAAUUGAAAAUGUCUGAUAAUGAAAUUACUAGAACGAUAUUAUCGAUGGAUCAGCAGAAUAUUUUGCACAUCGAUAUGGUGGAGCAGUUGUUAAAGUACAUACCAUCCUCGGAAGAGGCUGCCUUGUUAGAUAUCCAUCAAAAAGAAUUGCAGAACAGGGCUGAUUGUUUCUUAUAUCAAAUAUCAAAGGUGCCACAUUAUGAACAGAGAUUGCGUUCUCUUCAUUACAAAAAGAAAUUCGCAGCUAGCAUUGCGGAAUUGACACCGAGGAUGCGAGCAGUUUUAGAAGCGAGCCGACAAGUAGCUAGAUCAAGGAGACUCAGAAAACUUUUAGAAUUAGUUUUAGCAUUGGGAAAUUACGUGAAUCGUGGAAACGCGCGGGGUAACGCAUGCGGCUUUCGAUUAGCUUCUUUGAACCGUCUAGUCGACACAAAAUCUUCUUGUUCCAAGGGAACAACUUUACUACAUUACCUUGUACAAAUUCUCGAAGCCAGAUUUAGAGAAGUCCUAGAAAUCGAAGAAGACAUGCCGCAUGUUAAAACGGCUGCUAAAGUUAGUAUGGCCGAUUUGCAGAAAGAAGUGGCCAACUUAAAAAACGGACUGCAGGAUGUUCAAAGAGAAAUAGAAUUUCAUCGAGGUCAAUCUCAGGUGCUUCAAGGAGAUAUGUUUUUACCAGCAAUGAGAGAUUUCCAAGCGCAAGCCACAUGUAGAUUAGCAGAGGCCGAAGACUUAUUUCAAGACAUGAAAACUAGAUUUGAUCGAGCAGUGAGACUAUUUGGUGAAGAUUCGGCUGGUGUUCAACCAGAUGAAUUCUUUGGCAUUUUUGAAAACUUUUUACAAGCCUUAGCUGAAGCAAGACAAGAUGUAGAAAAUAUGAGAAAGAAAAUCGAAGAAGAGGAACGUAGAGCGAAACAAGAACAGGAACUCCGAAAGAGAACGAUAGAGAGGAAGAACUCGCGGGAGGGUAUAUUAAAUAGCAUAUCUUUAAGUAAGAAGAAUGAAGUAAAUAGUAAUGGACAACAAAAUGAUAACAAAGGUGAAUUCGACGACUUGAUAUCUGCUCUUCGAACUGGUGAUGUGUUCGGCGAAGAUAUUGCUAAAUUCAAAAGGUCAAAACGAAGACCUGUUACACCUAGCAGUCAAGAAUCACGUAGACAUAGUACUCACAAGGAAGAUUCCCGAGAACGUCAUUGAAACUCCAAUAGGAUCAAACAGAUCAUUUGUCAGGAUAUAAGUUUUUUCACAUAUAAAAGAAUUCAUUUAUUAAGAAUUUUACAUAUCGUGUUUUAAUAGCACAUUACAGGGGGUGAUCUAAUUACAAAUAUAAAUAACAUUCCAUAAAAUAACAAAAACAAAAUUAAUCUGAGCUAAUAAAAGUCAGCGAGAGGAAGUGCACAAUAAAAUUUUAACAAAUAAAUUUGUUACUCCAUUUAAUGUGUUGAUGUCUUCUUUAUUUAAAAUCUUAAAAAAUCGUUCAAUUCUCUUUGGAAUCAUCAUCAACAAUAUUCUUAAUCCAUAAAAUUAUGUAGUA